AUUCCUCUGGGCGCUUGACGCUGGGUGGCUUCCCUUGUGGAGCUUUAGUAUUUACAACAAUAUUAUCAGAAGCCUGCCCGGUGCUGCUGUCCAUCACGGACAGACAGGGAGACAGUCGAUCGGUGAGACACCUUUAGUAUGUUUUUCAGGUGUGAGGCGCGUGACGCUUCCAGUUUGGACUUCUUCUGAGUAUUUUGGAGACAUUUCCUAUAAUGUUGGCGACUGAUAUCCGUCUACCGUGUGCACUGCAGUGGUGCGCAGCUUCGCCUGGAGAAACACCUGUGCGCCUCUCCAAUGGCCCCAGUCAUGAAUGUUGAGUAGACAACAGAUUACCCUAAGGCACGGUGACUGUCUGCAUUUGUGUAAAAGAGCAAGGGAGGGAGCAGCACAAAUACCGCACAGCCACACAUCAUGCAAGGAGAAACCUUCCCUCGCUGCAGAGUGCUGAAAUGUUAGCACAGAAGAGCAAGAGUGUCAGAUCAAAUCAGCAGACUGUGUACAUUAGGGGCGGCUAUAAGAGCUGCCUGACACCAGACUCCCUAACGCCCUGCGUGUGGUUUAAGGCCCCUUUCAAUCACGAUCGAGAGGAGACGCGUUAACUGAUCUCUCAUCAGCACUUUUCUGUUUUUCUGUCAGAUUCAGCACUCCCGCAGCAAGCAGAGAUGGAGUGGUCACUAGAGAAUGUGAGGGAGAUGGUGGCAGGAGGGAUGCAGUCUAUAAGGGAGUGUGAGGUCUGUGCUUUUGCCAUAGGCAUGUGUGUGCUGCUGCUGUUUAUGUGGUAUUGUUACAGGGUGGGCCGGGAGCAUGGGUCCAGCCCUCUGCGUGGGAGGUAUCUGUCAGGGUCCAGCCGGAUCGGAGGGGUGGUGGGGGGUUUCAUGAGUUCAGACUGCCGAGGCAGGGGCAAAGGGAAGCAUGGCUCACUGCUGGAAGAGCAGAAUGGCUUUGCCUUCUGUCAGUCGCCAGAGUGCUUUAGAUGUACCAGUGCAGGAGAGAGUCUGAACCAGAGGCUCUACCACAGCCUGCAGGAUUAUGCCAAGCGCUACACCUGGUCAGGUAUGGGCCGGGUGCACAAAGGAGUCAGAGAUCAAGGCAGAUACCUGAACAGCCGACCCACCAUCCAGCGGCCAGAGGUCUUCUUCCUCCCAGACCUGCCGUCAGCCCCUUUCUUCUCCAGAGAGAUCCAGAGGCAUGACGUGGAGCUGCUGGAGCAGAGCUUCCCAGCCCUCCUGGCUGAGUUUGAGAGCAUCUACCACCAGCCUCCAGCCCGAAGCGGCUCCUCCCUCCCCCCUGGGUGGAAAUCAAACAGCACUCCUCGGGGGCAGUGGUGGACCUACUACCUGGUCAACCAAGGCACCCCUCUGGUUCUCAACGUGAGGCGGUGUCCCCGGGCCUGGAGGGUGCUGGGCCAACUGCGCACCUUCAUCGCCAACAACGUGUUCGGGAACGCCUGCUUCUCUGUGCUGACGCCUGGAGCUCUCAUAUCCGAGCAUUACGGUCCAACAAAUGUCAGGCUGCGCUGCCACCUGGGUCUCAGAGUGCCCCCUUCCUGUGAGCUUGUGGUUGGUGGAGAACCACAGUGCUGGUCUGAGGGCAGCUGUCUGCUUUUCGAUGACUCCUUCCUCCACAGGGCCUUCCAUGAGGGUGGUGCAGAGGACGGCCCCAGAGUGGUAUUCAUGGUUGACCUCUGGCACCCCAAUGUGGCCGCUGCUGAGAGACAAGCCUUGGAUUACAUUUUUACUCCCGGCCGCUUGGAAGACAAGGACGGGAAAUAGGAGUGAGUGAGAGAAACCAUGUCUGACCAAGAGACGGAUUGGAUUUAGGGAUGUGUUUGUAGGAUUGGGGAGCAACUCUUUUUCUGCCUCCUGACCAGCUUUCAUAUUCACUGUGUACAUAUUCUCCGUCUUGUACAAUAUCUCUCACAACUCUAAUAGCUGGUGAUCAAACAUUGGGCCUCUUUUAUUAGACAUGUGUUUGUCUGCUUAGUUGUGAUAGAAUAGCUACACUUGGAAAUGCUUACCGUGGAGGUGCCCGAUUGUUCAUGCAGCCAGUUUAGUGAGUUAGAUUUAUACCAUGGUUUAGAAAUUUAGCCUAACUGUUGUUACUGUAAUGGUUUAAAGUAAAUCAAAAAUCUGCAUCAUUGCUAAAACUUGAUGAAUUAAUCCUCUGUGUUUUUUCAAGCAGAAAAUAUUUGCUUAUGCCUCCUUCUUAAAUGUAAGCAUUAACAGAUUUUUGUCAUUGUGUUAACAAAAGAUCUUUGUGACACCUUAUAAAUUGCACAUUUAUAGAUCAAUCUAAAAAAUGAAUUGGUGAACAAAAAAACAGAACCACGAGUUGCAGACCGAACUUGCAGAUAGAUUUCCAUUCCCCCCUUCCUUUUGGCCACCUUCUGAACUAUGUUUCUCUGUUAACAGCUAAUAUAAGUCUUCAUGUGCUUUGAAACUAUGUAACAGUAUAAUGAUGGAGAGCAGAGUAUACUAAGAAUAUGACAAAUGACUCCUGCAUGCAAGACAACAUUGGUUGUCUUAUGCUUCAGAGCAUUCAAGGUUCCAUAGGGAAGCCAAUUUGAUUCCCAUAACAUGAGCUGAGGUCAUUGAGGAGGCAUUCAUGUCUCUGCCAGGCAUGAAGAGAAACAUGAUGCAAUAGCUAUAUGUAUGAUGUAUUGCUAGUAUUACUUUAUGCUCAACAUCUUACAAGUAUCACUACAUCACCACCUUUUUAUGCUAUUGACUCUCUUUUCCACAAGGGCUAAGAAAUCAGAUCAUUCAACUAUUACUCACCAGACCCAAUCAUACCCCAGUCAUGCUUGACAUGAUGUCAGUUUGUUUGCAAACUUAAACUGCCCUCUUUCAAUUUUAAGACCCGCUUUCAGCUGUCUGAUGGAGUUCAAAUGUGUAUAGAAAUGUCUUUCCUGCAAAUUGACAAACCUCUAGGGAUUGUAGUUCUUGUUUACGUUGAAUCAGAGCUGAAUCAAAGCUACAUGGCAGGUUGAUCUCAGGCCUCCCUCCAAAGCCCACACAAAGCCAAGAAUGAGAGCCAUAGUUGCAUUCUAGCUUUAUUGUUACAGAAUCAAUACUGAUAGGUAAACAAACGCUGUAUCAUUCUGUAAUCAUAAUUUAAGCUGUUUUACCUGUAGCAUGCACAAAUUGGCUUCUAUGACAGAAACAGCUGAUUUGAUCAGAGUAAGUAAAUUCACAGUCUGCAGACAGAGUAAUAAAAGCAUUAACCAGAGUAGUCGUGAAUUCAUGCAUUUCUCAUCCAUAAUCGAAAAGACAACUAAACAGAUGUAUCCACGUGUGUUUUGAUAACUGAGGUCCAAUGUUGAUCAUGACAUGAAUGUUUACAGACGCAGCUGAUAUCUGUUAUGACUCCUGCUGGUGUGGUAGUUUAUUGUGCUCCCCUUUCAAAAAACAAUCCUGCUUUCGCGAGACAUGGUUAGAAAAGCACAUUUUAGGUCCAAUAGUAUGAGUCGGACUGUGCUGUAACACUGGAGACAAAGCGUUUUUGGUAAAUUUACUAAACUCUUGUUAUUUGGUUGCAUUUGAUAUCAGGUUUGUAUUUCUGUAUAUAGGGUAGAGGUUAAAAAAAGAACGGUCUGAGAUGUUUUGAAUUGAUUGUCUUUAAUGCUAUGAUAUUGUGUGGUCUUGAUUUGCAGCUACAGAGAGUGCAUUUCUGAAAAAAGCCAACCAUGAACUCAUUUUGAUAGGUUGAAAUUUGUAGAUUCUGUAAAAUGUUUAUGAAGUACUAUCUCUGUUGUUCUGUGAUGUAUUUCCUUUUAGUUUUGCAGCGCCACACAGUGCACAGUGUAAACGGUAAUGCAAAUUAAUCUUCUACAGCUUUACAGGUCCAUCGCAAUUCCAGAUACCAUCCAUUCAAUUCUAAUGUUUACAAAAGUAUGAUUAUUUACAAGCUGUUUACAUCGGACGAGACUGACACUCACAUUGAGCUGUCCUUAAUUAGGUUUAAAAUCAAGAGUGCUGUUAAGAGAAUGAAUCAUUCCCAAAGCAUUUGCUUUAUAUGCACAGUACAUGGUGGGGCUACCAUUUUGUUUACAUUUGAAUGAAGAUUUGUCCUUUAACACAUUCUCGUGUGGAUUUUGAACAGUAUUUCUGUACAUUUAAUAAAUGGACUAGUAUCUUAUUUAA